CCCCCGCCGGAAGCGUCCCUCCGGAAACCGGUCCCCCAGCCCAGACAUGUCCGCGGCGGAGGAGCGGGACGUUUUUCUCAGGGCUCGGGGCAGGACCCUGAACGCCUUUCCCGCAGAAAAUGAACGCCACUGGGAAGCCCCCUUCUACUUCAUCCAAGGAGCAGAUCCGCAGUUCGGCCUGAUGAAAGCCUGGGCGGAUGGUGACUGUAAUAGUGGCGGAGAUGAAUGGGAGCAAGAGAUCAGAUUAACCGAGCAAGCAGUGCGAGCUAUUAACAAGCUCGACCCCAAACCGAAGUUCUUCGUGCUGUGCGGUGACCUCAUCCACGGUAUGCCUGGAACUCCAUGGCGGGAGGAGCAAAUGAAAGACUUGAAGAGAGUUCUUAAAAACAUCGACCGAGACAUCCCCUUGGUGUUUGUCAGCGGCAACCACGACAUCGGUAACACCCCCACCCCUGAAACCAUAGAUGAUUAUUGCCAGGCGUGGGGAGACGACUACUUCAGCUUCUGGGUCGGCGGCGUUCUUUUUCUCGUCCUGAAUUCCCAGCUCUACUUUGAUUCUUCCCAAUGCCCCGACUUGAAGCAGGCCCAAGACCAGUGGCUUAACAAGCAGCUAGCGCUGGCCCAACAACAGAGAUGCAGGCACGCGAUAGUGUUUCAGCACAUCCCUCUUUUCCUUCAAAGCGUCGACGAAGACGACAGCUACUUUAACAUAACGAAGCCCCUUCGCCACGAGAUGAUGGACAGAUUUGUGAAAGCAGGUGUAAAAGCUGUGUUUUCUGGCCAUUACCACAGAAAUGCUGGGGCAUGCUUCAAGGAUCUGGAUAUGGUGGUGUCUUCGGCAAUUGGAUGCCAGUUGGGCAAAGAUACCCAUGGGCUCCGAGUGGUGGUGGUUACAGCUGAAAAAAUCGUUCACAGAUACUACAGUUUAAAUGAAUUGAGCGACAAAGGAAUCGAAAAAGAUCUGAUGGAUUUGAUGAUGCAAAAAUAACCAUUUUUACUUAGGGCUACACUUCCUCCUUUAUAGAUUCCAUUGUUUUACUUCUCUUUGAACAAAGGUAUGAUAAUCUCUCAAUUGGAAAAUAAAUUGAUGAUUUUGCAUCAUUGUGCAUGAAGAAGUUACCUUUUUUAUUCAUUAAAAUCUGUCUGUCCUAAGUAGUAAUUCACAGAGAUUUAACUUUAAAGACAAUAAUAAUAAUGAUAACUGUGGCAUUUGUAAAGCGCCUACUAAUGAUAACAAUUAUUAUGGUAUUUUGUAAGCACCUACUAAGUGUCAAGU